CUGGACUUUGCCUUCCUCCUCCUGGAGCUGCCUGUUUGCCUUCUCCUUCUUGGCUCUGUGGCUAAGUGGGCACCAUGGCUGCUCAGAAAGAUCUCUGGGAUGUCAUUGUGAUUGGGGCAGGCGUCCAGGGCUGCUUCACUGCAUACCAUUUGGCCAAACAUGGGAAGAGGGUCCUUCUGCUGGAGCAGUUCUUUCUCCCACACUCCCGAGGAAGCUCCCAUGGACAGAGCCGCAUAAUCCGAAAGGUUUAUUCUCAAGACUUCUACACCCAGAUGAUGAACGAGUGCUAUCAGAUGUGGGCUCAGCUGGAGAAGGAGGCUGGAACCCCAUUGCACAGGAACACUGAACUACUGCUCCUAGGAAAGAAGGAGAAUCUGGAAUUAAAGACAAUGGAAGCCAUUCUGAGUAGGCAGGGGAUAGAACACCAGUAUCUCUCAUCUGAGGAACUAAAGCAACAUUUCCCAAAUCUCCGGUUCACCAGAGGAGAAGUGGGGCUCUUAGAUAAGACUGGAGGCGUCCUUUAUGCAGACAAAGCUCUCAAAGCCAUUCAGGAUGGAAUUCACCGGUUUGGAGGAACAGUGCAUGAUGGAGAAAAGGUGAUAGAGAUAAGACCUGGGGACCCGGUCACAGUGAAAACCACCUCCAGGAGCUACCAAGCGAAGAGCUUGGUCAUCACAGCAGGUCCUUGGUCCAAAAAGCUGCUCCAACCCCUAGGGAUUGAUUUACCGCUCCAGAUUCUACUGAUCAAUGUGUGUUACUGGAGAGAGAAGGUUCCUGGAAGCUACAGUGUGUCCCAGGCCUUUCCUUGCUUCAUGUUCCUGGACCAGGCUCCCCAUCAUAUCUAUGGGCUGCCUGGGGGAGAAUAUCCUGGGCUGGUGAAGAUCUGCCUUCACCAUGGCAACAAUGUGGACCCCGAGGAGCGGGACUACCCCAUGGCUUUCACACAUGUCCAAGAUGUCCAAAUCCUACGCCACUUUGUCAAAGACUACUUCCCUGACCUGAAGUCUGAGCCUGCCAUCAUGGAGCGCUGCAUGUACACGAACACCCCUGAUAAGCACUUUGUUCUUGAUCAUCACCCGAAGUACGACAAUAUUGUCAUUGGUGCUGGAUUCUCUGGUCAUGGAUUCAAGCUGGCCCCGGUUGUGGGGAAGAUCCUGUGUGAAUUAAGCAUGAAAUCAGUGCCAUCCUAUGACUUGGCACCGUUUCGCAUAAGCCGUUUCUCCGGCCUGGGCAAAGCCCACCUUUGAUGGCUGGACUGCCUUCUGCACCCAGGCCUCUGCUGGGAAGAGUUCUGGGAAGUGACCCCGAGACACAUUCUUUUCUCUUAAUUUGAUUCUCUUUUCUGGGACUUAGGGUAGAUUUGACUAAAUCUUUUCAGGGGAGGGUAAACAAGAUGAUCUCCUACAGACCACUAGUACUCUUGGGGGUCCUUUUCCCUAAAACUAAGGAGCCCUCCUAGGACAGAGUCUUCCUCCAUCACACUCAUCAAGUCUCAUAGCUGCACAAUAAAUGUUUGAUGAAAAAAUGCGUUGAAUAAACAAAUAAUUGCAUUCC